UAAAAGACGAGUUAUCUCAUUCCCUGUAAAUUAAAUACACCACACAUUCUUAUUUCUAAACCACAUAACAUCUACCUAAAAUAAACGCGUAUUUCUUUUAAAUUCCGUUUUUAUUGCUAGCUUUUCAACUGCGGUGAUUUGUUGUUUCACCCGGCGGUCGGGGGAGUUUUUACGGUGUAACACCACGCUUGGGAAGAGGGAGCUGGUAGCAUCUCUUCGCUAAAAAACAGCUUUAGCUCCAGUCCCGAAAACAUUUGUACUUUUAACUUUCUAAACUCUAAUGAGUAGCAGAGGAAACAGCGAAGAUGACAGAAAACGGAAAGUAUCUUAUGUCUACAGUCCGGACUACAUCCAGACUUGCGAUAGUUUAUCCAAAGUACCGAACAGAGCGAAUAUGGUCCACUCUCUGAUAGAAGCAUACGGACUGCUUCAACAUAUGAGCAUCGUGAAACCUCACAUGGCCACCAUGGAGGAUAUGGCCAAGUUCCACACAGACUCGUACCUGGAGCAUCUGCACAAAAUCAGUCAGGAUGGAGACAACGACGACCCUCAGUCAGCUGACUACGGCCUUGGUUAUGACUGUCCAGUGGUGGAGGGAAUAUUCGAGUACGCAGCAGCAGUAGGGGGCGCCACCGUGACGGCAGCUCAGUGUCUCCUGGAACAGAAGUGUGAUGUGGCCAUUAACUGGGCUGGAGGCUGGCAUCAUGCUAAGAAGGACGAGGCUUCUGGUUUCUGCUACGUGAACGAUGCUGUUCUGGGGAUCCUGAAGCUGAGAGAAAAAUAUGAGAGAGUUCUUUACGUGGACGUUGACCUGCAUCAUGGCGAUGGUGUAGAAGAAGCUUUCAGCUUCACAUCAAAAGUCAUGACGGUCUCUCUUCACAAGUUUUCUCCUGGCUUCUUCCCUGGAACGGGUGACCUUUGUGACACCGGUCUGGGGAAAGGCCGCUGGUACGCGGUGAACGUCCCGCUAGAGGAUGGCAUCGGUGAUGACAGAUACAGCCAGGUUUUUACCAGGGUUCUGCAGGAGGUGCGGGCCCAGUUCAACCCAGAGGCCGUGGUGAUGCAGCUGGGUGCCGACACCAUGGCGGGUGAUCCCAUGUGCUCCUUUAACAUGACCCCCGUGGGGGUGGGCAGAUGUCUGCAGUAUGUCCUGCAGUGGCAGCUCCCCACACUGCUGCUGGGAGGAGGAGGUUAUAACCUGGCUAACACAGCUCGCUGUUGGACGUACCUGACAGCGGCAGUGCUGGGGAGGACCCUGUCCUCUGAGAUACCUGACCAUGAGUUUUUUACAGAAUAUGGACCAGACUACUCGCUGGAGAUCAGCCCAAGUUGUAGACCAGACCGAAAUGACAGCAAACACCUGGAGCAGGUCAUCAGCACCAUCAAAGGGAAUCUAAAGAAUGUGGUUUAGGACCUGGCAACCUCAGCCUCCUCCACACACACAUACACACCAUGUUUCCGAACCAGAUCGACGCUCCGCAGCUCUAAUGAAGACAAUAUGAACUGGACCCCUCCAGCCCUGAGGCAUGGAUUGGGUGAACGAUUGAGGGGGGUGAAGAGAACAAGAGGGUUUUGGAAAACAUUAGUUGAGUGUUUCCAGGGGAAAACAGUUUAAUAAGGGAUGGGAGGGUUGUUGUGGUUGCUGUACAAUGUUCGUUGUUUUAAUUCCUUUUGUUUGAAAAAAAAAUGUGGGUUUGUGUGACUGAAAGUUUAUGGUAUGUCCAUUGUUGGUUUCUAAAGCGGAGGACAGAAAUGCACCCUUAGUGUUCGAUAUCAAGGGAGGCAUCAGUCAAAUGGAAAUAGAAAAACAGAUUUUUGGGGGAGUCUGGUUUCAUGGUCCCGGCAAUCCUGCUGUGAUUUCAGCCUCUUGAGGACAGAUGAGCAAUAAAACACAAAAUCCUCAAAUGCGUCGUUAAACCAUUGUUUCUCAACAGGUCUGGUUCAUCUUUAAAGACUUGUGAAAUGCCUAAACAGUCCAAAAAGUUGGGGAAAGGCUGGUAUUCGGGAAUUUUAAACAAACUGUUAAAUUUUAAGCAGCUUUUAUCUAUUGAUACCAACAAAGACAAAAAUAUCCCUGAAUAACUGUCGUGACUGUAGACUGUGUUCCUCAAACUGGAAGGACUGGAACCAGUCACAAGCAACUUUGUCAUCACUGUGAAAUAGCCACCAAAACUCAAGCAGCAUGUUUGGCCAAAUCUUCAUCACCCUCUUCAGUCAAAUCUGUCUGAUUUAAGCUCAUUCCAGUUGUAAUUCAUUGGUUUUGCUAGUUUCAGGGGGUUUGUUCGGGUUACUGUAAGGCCAAAAACUCUGCCUUCAUGUCUUCCCCUCAUUUAUUGGUCCUACUCUGUUUUUGCACAUUCACUUGAGGGCGAAGGGUGUGUCCCCUCACACACAUUUUUUAGGUAAAAUGAAUGUGAGAAGGCGUACAUUCGCUUCUCUUAAAAACCAAAAUCUUUGUGCUUCAAAAUGAAGGGGAAGGACUUCUCUUGCAACAAAAGUGUACAUUUUUCAUUAGAAAUGUUUUUACUGACACAGAAAUUCUUGCCCUGUAUGAUUUGAUGUAUCCCAAUGUAAUAAACCUCUUGUUGUUUGG